CCCAUCACCCUACAACCCCACCGAUUAACCCUUGUGAAAAAAAAAAAAACCCCUUUCAUAUUCUCUUCCACGGCGACGCCGGUCACGGGAGAAAGCGUUAUUGAGGCGGCGGGGAGGCAGCGAGCUUUCAACCAUGGACCUGGACGACCUCGACGCGCCGAGCCAGGUUCCCUCUCGAGUCUCCAGGUUCGCGCCCAAAUUCUCCAAGCUCAAACCCAAAUCCAAGUCCGAAUUGGCCUCGGCUCAGGAAUCCCUAGGCUCGGUCCUUCCCAAGACCGAGACCGGUCAGACGGCGCCGAAACCCGAGCCGCAGGAAUUCGAGGCGAAGAAGGAGAAGGAAAUCGAUGCGAAGCCGAAACCCGAGAAUGGCUUCGUGAAAAUGGAGGUUGAUUCCGCGGCCGGAGCCAAGGAAGAACCGGAAGAAAACGAUUCCAUGGAAGUGGAAGCCGAAGAGGAUAUGGUUGUUAGAGAAAUUGACGUCUUUUUCAAUCCUAAAAUCGACGAAGGCACUCAGCUAUAUGUUUUGCAAUAUCCUUUGAGGCCGAGUUGGCGUCCCUAUGAAUUGGACGAGCGAUGUGAAGAGGUUAGGGUGAAGCCUGCAAGUUCUGAAGUGGAAAUGGAUUUAUCUUUGGAUGUUGAUUCCAAGAAUUAUGACCCAGAUUGUGGUGACAGAUUGAAUAUGACCAAGCAGACUUUGUGUUGUUCAUGGGACCAGCCUCGAGCUACUCGUUAUGCUGUUGGGGUUUUGAUGGGUAAUAAGUUACACCUGAAUCGUAUUCAUGCAGUUAUGCAGCUUCGCCCAUCACUUAAACAUCUAAUUUCUGCUGGGUCAAAAAAGAAAAAUAAUGUUAAAGUAGAUGCAGAAGAUACAGUUAAAUUAGAAGAAUCUAGUGGUAAAAAAGCUAUUGGUUCAUCAAAGAAGCAGAUUAAGCAGGAGAACUCUUCUGUGAAGCAAAAAAUUGCAGAUGAGGAGGGCUGGGUUCCACUCAAGUAUCAUGGCUCAGAGUCCGAAUCUUCAGUAAGAUAUUUACGAAAAAUGGCCGUUCAGGAAUCUUCGCCUUUACAAUUUACAAUGAGCCCGUAUGACUACCUUAACUCCUUGUGUCCUGGAUCCUGCAAGAAUGGCAAUGAGCCCAAAGGUCCCUCAAGGAGGGCGUUGCUUUCACUACCUCUAGAAGAGCGUAUUAAGUCAUUACUCUGUGAGGGACUUGCACCAGUUCACCGAUUCAGUGUUCUUAAGCAUUUUGCUCCUGAUUGCACUACAAAAGAGAUUCUGGAUGCCCUUCAGAAUCAUGCGCUAUUAGUGCAAGGUCUCUGGGCUCCCAAGAGUUCAUUGCUAUUAGGAACCAGUAAAGAGACUGGCGCUCAGCGGAUCGCUAGGGAUUACGUCCUCCUUUUAUUUUGGAAGAAUCCAGUUUUCAGCUUUUCAUCUUUGCAUUUUCCGUCAUCUCUCAAAACCGCUGUGAAUAAAUUCCUGAACAUUUUAGGUGUUGAAAGACCUUCAGUCAAAGAUUGGAAAUUUAAAGGGCAGACAGAUAUUUCUUUUAUAAAAAACUAUCCAGAUGUUGUUAAGAAGCAAGAAGAGGUUUGGGGAGAUUUAGAGAGAGAUAUAAUGAAUAUGUUUGGAGAUGGAAAAUCUGGUCGCGGUCCAAAGAAUACCAGCAUUCCUAGCAGGCCCGUUAAACCCUUGAAUUCUAAUAAAGGUGUACCAAAAGGUACAAGUGAAGUAGUCGGUGGGAAAAAAAUUCCAGAUGAUAUUCGAGAAGUUCUAUGUUCAAAGAUCCUCCCAAAAGUCAUUCAAGAACACAAGGUUUGCAGCUUACAGCUGAUGUGUCAAGGUUUACGUGAACUAGCACUUAACAAGUUAAAUCUUCCAAAGGCAGAUGAUAGAUUUGCAAGGGCGGCAGCUUGUGGUACUGCUUCCCCUGGUGAGCUAGUAAAACUUCUUGAUGAAACUGCGAUAAACAUUCAUGGUCUAUAUGUCUUAAAGUCAUCUGCAGAGCACCCACAAUAUGAUCCAUUCAGGAACGUUGUGAUUGAUCUUCUACGCCAAAAUGGACUUGCCGCGAAACUUAAAAAGGCUGAAAUUUUUGAUGCUGCUAAGAACGCUCUUAAAAGGGAUGUAACUAGCAAUGAAUACAGCAAGGUCAUGAAUGAAAUUUGCGUGUUCAAAGGGUCAUGUUGGAUGUUGAAAAGCGGUGAUGGCAAUCCAAAAUGAUGUAUUGACAUUUUCUCAUUGGAUUGAGUAGAAAAUACUUCGUUCAAGGCUAUGCGGGCACCACAAGGACUGAAAUUUUUUUUAGUAUAGGAAAAAUGAAAAUAUAUUGGCUCUACGCAUAUAAUAGAUAUAAAUAGAAAAUGUCCCAACUAUCCAGAACCAUUCUAUGCUGCUGCUCCCCAAAUGUGCAGAAAGAAGUUCUACCUCUCGGAUUCAUCUCUACUCAUGGCAUUUAAUUCUAAAUUAAUUUCCUGAUAUUAUUUUUAGGGCAAUUUUCUGAUGUUAUUUAGGAUAAAAUACAAGUUAUCAAAGAGGAAAGAAUUUAUACCUUACCAUAUUGCUUUUUCUUUCUUUCUUUUUUCUUUUUGUCUCCUAUUCCAGCUUAAUGUUUUUAUUCUGUAUUUGGUCUUUGGGGUCUUUAAUGGUUUAUUGGUGCACUAAAUAUUAUGUAAUA